ACCAUACAACACAAGAUGGCGUGGCUGCACAUGACCGUGGUGAUCCUGGCGGCGCUGGCGAAGUCGAACCACGCCCAGGCCAACCAGGGUUACAUCGCUCCCGACCCGCCGUGCUACGCCCCGACAGUCACUGUUUACGACACGGUGACGGAGGUCAACACGCUCGUGGAGACGGUUUCCACCACGAUCGUCGAAAAUGUGGUGGAGACGGAGACCGCGUACGUCACGGAGACGCUGACGGAGAGGGAAGUGCAGUCCGUCACGGAGGUGGAGACCGUCGUCGCCACGGAAACGGAGCAGGUCAUAGCGACGGCAUACGAAACAGUCUACGAGACACAGGUGGAGACGCAGACGCAGACGCAGGUGGAGGAGCGUACAGCCACCGUCACCGAAACGAAGGUCGAGGAAGUUGAAGUGACCAAGUGCGCCGCCCCCGCCCCCGCCCCGGCUCCCAAGCCUGCCCAUGGCCUUUCUACGUCCUACGGCCCCCCACCGCGCCCAUCCUACAAAGCCCCUGCGCCGGCGCCCUCUUACGGCCCCACGCCCAUGCUGAUGAGUCUGGGCGGCUUCAAGGGCUACCCCGGCUUCAAAGGAUUCGAUUUCCAAGGAUUUAACCCAUUUUCUCAAUACGAAUCUAGCGACUAAAUUUCUAAUACUUGUCGAUUUUAAAGUCCAUUUAUUUAUGUUUUAGUCUCCCUUAGUACAUUUUCGGAUGUUUUUAUUUACAUCAGAUAUGGUUUUCAGUAUUUGCCAUAAUUUCUGUUUCUAAAACUUUUUCAACUUUUCAACUCUAGUCUGCUUCCUGAACCGGAGGAUGUAAAUGUGGAUUCCUUUCAACCUAUUGAAGAUUUAUUAAUUCAGCAAAAAAAAUCAUUCUGAAGUUUAUUCGUAAUGAUAGAGAAAAAAGCAAAUAGGACCACAAUGUCCCUCUGGCGCCAAAAUUUGAAAAUGUCGGUUAUGACGCCGGUUACGUUAUGACCUCAUGGAAACAUUCAUGUCUCCAUUUCCUGUGCCUCUUUUUCGUGUUUUGGUGUAA